AUCGCCCCUCCCCUCCCUCAUUCUCCUCACCGCGCAGGCGCGGCCGCAGCCCGGAGCCACCGCUCCAGCCGCCGCCGCCAUGGGGAAGAAAUCCCGCUCCGCUCCGGGCCGCCGCCCCAUCCUCCAACUCUCCCCUCCCGGACCCCGCCGCGACGAAGCGGCGGCGGUACCGCCGGUCGAAGGAGCCGAUUCGGCUUCCGAGCCGGACGAACCCGAAGCGGUGGCGGAGCCCCCCCGCAGCGCGCCCAACCCGCCGCCCCCCACCGCCGUCAAGCCCACAGGAGGUUUGUGUCUGCUCGGUGCUUACGCAGACAGCGACGACGAGGAGGGCGAAACCGCAGAAAAAUCAGCCCGUUCAGCGGAUGCAAAUGGCAACAAUUCGGCAGACAUUGACAGCACGCUGGCAAACUUCCUGGCGGAGAUCGAUGCCAUCACGGCUCCGCCGCAGCCCACCGAGCCUUCUGCUGCCUCCUCCUCUUCUUCUGCGCCGCCCCCCACCCCUCCCCGCCCGGAGCCGAAGGAGUCAGGCUCAGGCCAGUCCUCGGGCACCGCCAACGGCGCAGGCUCAGUGCCGGCCCCGGAGUGGCAGUAUGACACCCAGUGCUCGCUGGCAGGAGUGGGGGAGCUGGAGAUGGGCGACUGGCAGGAGGUGUGGGACGAGAACACCGGCUGCUACUAUUACUGGAACACCCAGAGCAACGAGGUGACCUGGGAGCUGCCACAGUACCUGGCGACACAGGUCCAGGGCCUCCAGCACUACCAGCACAGCAGCACCGUGGCGGGCGCCAAUGGCAGCUUCGUAGCAGCUGCCGAGCUGUACCCCCAGGAGAAGGGGGCCGCCCCAGGCAGCGUCGCCCGUGGGGCCAGCCUGGCCAAGCGGGAGGUGAAGAAGGAGGUGAAUGAAGGUGUGCAGGCCCUCUCCAACAGUGAGGAGGAGAAGAAGGGGGUGGCUGCAGCCCUCCUGGCACCGCUCCUGCCCGAUGUGGUGAAGGAGGAAGAGGAGCGCUGGAGGAGAAAGGUGAUCUGCAAAGAGGACGUUGAGCCACCCCCGGAAGAGGAGGCAAAAGCAGAAGAGGCGCCGGCUGCUCCCGAAGAGCCAGAGCCCAGCAGGGAUCCCCUGGAAGACACGUUGCAGGAGGAUCUGUGCAGCGUGGUGCAGUCGGGGGAGAGCGCUGAGGAAGAGGAGGAGCAGGACACCCUCGAGCUGGAGAUGGUGCUGGAGAGAAAGAAGGCGGAGCUGCGUGCCUUGGAGGAAGGUGACGGCAGCGUUUCGGGCUCCAGCCCGCUCUCCGACGGGAGCCAGUCGGCCUCGCAGGACGCAAUCCGCAGGCUGGCCUCUAAGCGAGGGAAAUGGAAACUGUUUGUUGGAGCCGCCAGCCCUGAAUCAGCGAGUCGAGGCUCCAGCAAAACGGGCCGGGAGAGCCCAGAAACGGCAGAAGCAGGUAAUUGGAAAGGGGUUUCCUGUCCCCGAAGAUGCACAGGGUGCCUGGAACCCGCAGAGCCUCACACGGCGCGUAGAGGAGCUGGGACGGGCAGUGAGGCUCUUGUCGCUGGCUCCUGUGGGAAAGAAGCCCCGGCUCUUUACCUGCCCUCUCCUGCAGUAGUUUUGGUUCCCUGGCACGGUGUCUCCAGCCAGCUGUUGGCAGCACCGUGGCGGUGGCGGGACAAGGGCUCACCUAUCAUUUCUUCUCCUGCAGCGGCGAGCACAGAAGCAGCUGAUGCCAAUUCAGACAAAGAGGCAGAGUCUGAGGAGCCCCAGGAGAAAACAAAAGCACAAGGGGCACCAAAAAUAGAAGAGGAGGAGCAGGACCUAAAGUUUCAGAUCGGAGAGCUGGCAAACACUCUGACUAGUAAAUUGGAGUUCCUGGGCAUCAACAGACAAUCUAUCUCCAACUUCCACAUGUUGCUGUUGCAGACAGAGACCCGCAUUGCAGACUGGCGAGAAGGUGCUCUCAAUGGAAACUACCUCAAACGCAAACUCCAAGACGCAGCCGAACAGCUAAAACAAUACGAAAUAAACGCCACCCCUAAAGGCUGGUCCUGCCACUGGGACAGGAUCUCUGGAUCAACUCUUCUGACCAACAGCUCUGACAAAGGACAAACUUCAACUCACCGACGGAAUGAAGAACAAGAUUUCUGUCUCCUGCCAGCAGGGAGCAUAGACGCUAUUUCUAUGUUAACGAGCGCUCAGGAGAGUCGCAAUGGGAGUUCCCCGACGGGGAGGACGAAGAGGAGGGACAGCGGACCACCGACAGAAAAACCGACGGUCCUCCUAAACCACCUCCAAAAGACAAAGGAGAGCGUGCCGAGGACCCCGCCGAGCGCUCCGCAGUCCUCUGUCCCGGUCCUCCAACCUCCCUUGCCUUUGGAAAUGCCUCCGCCGCCUCCGCCUCCACCAGACUCGCCCCCGCCGCCGCCCCCCCCGCCCCCGCCUCCCGGAGAAGACGGUGAGAUCCAGGAAGUGGAGAUGGAAGAUGAGGGGGGUGAGGAGCCGCCCGCCCCAGGAACGGAGGAAGACGCUCCCCUGAAGCCUCUCCUGCGCCCAGCUGCCAGCAGCAGCCAGGGCGCCAUUGAACCGACCCCAGCCCCGCUGCUCUCCACCAAGCCACAGAAAAGGAAAGCCACGGAGAUGAACCCGGGGCUGAUGCAGCGCACGGCCACCAUCGGCAGCUGCCCCGUCAUCUACAGCCAGCCCCUGAUGGCCGCCGGCAAGUACCAGCCGUCGGCCGUGCCCUUGGCCUCCCUGAGGCCCCGCCAGCGGCUGCAGGGGGAGAUCCAGGGCCGCCCCAACCUCCGCAUGGCGCCGGGCCACGCCGGCCCUCAGCCCACCGCGCUGGGCCUGCAGUCCGGCUACCUGGGCGUGACGGCACCGGCUGCGCCCUCUGUCAUGAGCUACUCGGAGUGCGCCGCGCCCGUUGGCCUGCCCGCUGCCGCCACCGUGCAGCCGGCCCCGCCACGAGGGGCCCUGCCCGCUGCCACCACUGCUGAGCAGCCACCGCCACCACCGCCCCCCCAGACGCCCCCACCUCCCACCCCCAAGGCGCCGCCGCCACCGGAGAAGGAGAAGCCGAGGAAGGGGCGGAAGGACAAGGGCAAGAAGGGCAAAACGAAGAUGCCGUCACUGGUGAAGAAGUGGCAGAGCAUCCAGCGGGAGCUGGACGAGGAGGAAAACUCCAGCUCCAGCGAGGAGGACCGGGAGACCACGGCCCAGCGGCGCAUCGAGGAGUGGAAGCAGCAGCAGCUGAUGAGUGGCAUGGCGGAGAGGAACGCCAACUUCGAGGCGCUGCCGGAGGACUGGCGAGCGCGGCUGAAGCGGAGGAAAACCGCGUCCAGCACAUGAGGCGCGCCGCACUCUCUUUUUUUGUUGUUUUAUUUUGUUGGAUUUUUUUUUUUACAGAUGUACAGUUCAGAGCCCUUCACCCCUUGACCGUUGUCCAAUAAAUUGUAGCAGUUUGGGA